AUGGCAUUAAAUUUGAUCUCGUCGUACGAUAGCGACGGCAGUAGCAGUGUUUCUGAUGGUGAUGGACCUGUUCGUUCCUCAGAAGUCGAGACACCUCAGUCAUCAGAGAAACCGAAGAACUCGUCCUUCUUUUUUGGUGGUGACAGUAGCGAUGAUGACACAGCAGGGUCAUCAAAGAAUGCCGACGUUGCGAAGUUGACGCCUUCAUCAGGAGCAGUUCGUCGCCUUCCUAGUGCUGGAGCCGUACUGACAGGCAAGCACGUGGGUUCCAGUGUGUUUUCAAGUGAGCGAGAACGAGAAGAUCUCGCACACGCUCUAACGCUCAGUCAGCAUGUACCAUUGACAGAGAAAGUGGAAACGAAAAAGAAGCCUCUCUGUCGAGCGUUUGCACGAGGACAUUGCAGACGUGGGGAUAGAUGUCGUUACGCUCACCCGGUAACGCAAGAGCCAGUACAGAAUCCUGUAACAAUUGACGCAGCACCGAAAAUGUACGAAGCUGACGACAUUUUUGCCAAGAAACCGAAAAUAGCCUAG